AUGAACGAGAACGCCCGAGAAACGGCGUAUGCCACAAUAAUAAUAGUUUCUCUAUUUGUCUCCUUAUCCACAAUAUCCUCAUUCAUCAUUUCUGUCCAUCCCCUAGCCACAAUCCUUCGACCGGCACUCCAAAAUUCUGUCAGUGAUGCACAAUACUGUGAGGAAAGCGCCAUCGAGCUCAAAGGAAUGCUGUCCGACAUUGGUAGUCAAUUCCGAAACAUCACUCGUCAAAAGCGUGACGAAGUGGACGAUUUCCUCCGGGAAACUGGUCAAACCGCGCGCGAGCGAGUCUGCGAGUGUCGUCACCCACAAGGACCACCCGGGUUGUCUGGACGCGACGGACUGCCUGGAUCAAAAGGAUCCGAAGGAGCUCCAGGACUCCCGGCACGUCUUCCAUGCGAGCCACCGGUCGAUUACAAGUCUCUGUGUGCUGAUCCAUGUCCAAGAGGAGUGCAAGGAGUUACUGGGAUUACGCCAGGAAUCCCAGGCAAGAACGGAAUCCGAGGCGAGAAUGGAAAAAUGGGACCAACAGGACCGAUGGGUCCACAAGGAAUCUCUGGAUUGGACGGAGAGAUGGGAGAUCCGGGCUCCGACGCCACACCCAAACCAUUCAUUCCUGGACCGCCGGGACCAGUAGGCGAGGAGGGAGAGUUUGGACCACCCGGGCCGUCUGGAAUGCCUGGGAUUGAUGGACCACAAGGAGCACAGGGUCCACGUGGAAAGAAAGGGAAGCCUGGAUUCCCUGGAAACGAUGGAGCCGCUGGAGCAGAAGGACUCAUUGGGGAGAGAGGAGAAGAAGGGAAUCGUGGGGUCUGCCCAACGUACUGUGCUACGGAUGGUGGCGUUUUCUUUGUUCAACCACCAGAUUGGAUGCUACAGUAA